GCGUAUUCUUCAAAUGUCUAUAGAGGCAAAAUGCUUUCAAUAGACUUAUUUGUCUUGCUCAACUAAAGCGAAAUAUCAUACAAGCAUUGUUAAUAAGAAAAUACAAUUGGAAAUUAAAACAAUCAAUAAUCUGUUUUAAGCCUUUUGAGCUAAUAAUUAUCUAGGGUCAGAAUGCUGCAAUCUGAUUGGUUGCUGUGUGUAUUGCUUGACAACGGCAAGCAAUCGCGCCAAAGCUGCACGGGUUUUCAUGUCGAUUUUAGCUGACACAAYAUGCCGGAAUUUACGAGGAUUUUCCAGCUCUUUUAACGUCUUAAAAUGACGUAGGAAACAAACCAAGAUGUUCCACAAGAUAMUCUGAAUUGAUCUGUAACACCUUCAAGAACAAAACACGCUUCCUGGAUAAAUUUUGCCGGUAGUUCUGUCCGACAUACACAAGUUUACAAAAUUGCUAGUUCCCCGGUAGUUUUGUUGUGGAAAGUCUUGUAAAAAUCUCUCCCUUACCAGAAAUGAUAUGACAAGACAUAAAAUGAGUGCACCUCCUUCAGAAAGGAAAAACUCACAUGGAAAAAUCGACAAAAGCAAAGAAAAGAAAAGCGUUCUGCCAGUUCUAAAACCUUUCAAAUCUAAACAACAUGUUAAACAGCCACAGAGUCCAAGUGAGCAUCCUUCRAAACAACAAAGUGAAAUCACCUUUUCUGAAGGCACAUAUGUCAACAAUAAAAGCAAACAUGAGCUGAUCCUGAAAUACACUGAGGGCAAAGCACACACAAGAAACCAUCAGAAACUGUCCAUGGCAGUACCAGUGACAUUACCUCACCUUGGACUAGGAUCUGACAAGCACCAAACCCAGCAGGCAGAUGAUCACAGUAAAGAUAUGAAGGCCAAGCAUUCUGACCAGUUACCUCAUUUAAUGAACCAACAAAAUCUAUUAAAGAGCUCUACAGCCAGUAAACAGGCGCAGAAUCUUAAUUUGAGUGAUUUUGGUAAACCUGGAGUACGAAAAGGACAGUCAUCUAUACUAAUUUCAAGCGAUGAACAUGGGUCCAAAGUCCGUCGCGAUGCUAACGGGUAUAAGCUUCCAAUGUCAGCUGCAAGUGCAUCUAAAGCGUACGGUGAUCGUUUAACCACGUUUGAGCAGUCUGAAAUCGUAGACUAUGAUGACGAGAAUGGUAGUUGA